CAAAUGAUUAAAGCUACAGGAGUUCAUCCCAGUACUUUUAUUAUUGACACUAAUCCAGGUCCAGAGAGUGUUGUUUUUGAAAUAUACCCAAAUACUUAUCUUCUUCACUGUGUUUGGCAUAUUGGACGUAAUCUUGAAAAACAAUUAUUUAAAAAACUUGUUGCUGAAGUUUGGGAAGUUCAGUCAAUUGAGAAUAAGCCAAGUGUUGGACAGCAUCGUUGGUAUAAAGAUGAAAUGAUGAAUGUAUCAAUUAAUGAUAAACUAUUUGUUAGAGAAAAAUUACAAGAAAAUAGUAAUUCAACAUUAAACAUAUCAAACAUAUCUUUAUUUUCAACUGUUGCUGAGUCAUGGAAUAUUAUAUUUAUAGAACUAUCUGAACAAACAGCUGCAAAAGUGAUUGGUCAAAAGCAAUCUAUUAAAGAAACUUUGCUUGGACUUGCAUGCAAAUGUGUAGAACUAGUUGAUUAUAAUAAUCCUAGAGAUUCUGAUACUUUAAUGAAAAUGUUUAAAGAAUAG